UCUCUAGAGCUCCUCGCUCUCCCUUUGUCAUUCUAGCUGCCUGCUGCCUCUACAGCUUCGCUCUAGCUCUCCCCGUGCUAACUGCCCGCGCUGAAAGCAGAAGGAUUAGUUGGGACCUGCCUUGUGACCUCAUGGCAUCCCCCAGAACCAUAACUAUCGUGGCCCUCUCAGUGGCCCUUGGACUCUUCUUUGUUUUCAUGGGGACUAUCAAGUUGACCCCCAGGCUCAGCAAGGAUGCCUACAGUGAGAUGAAACGUGCUUACAAGAGCUAUGUCAGAGCCCUUCCUCUGCUGAAGAAAAUGGGCAUUAAUUCCAUUCUCCUCCGAAAAAGCAUUGGUGCCCUUGAAGUAGCCUGUGGCAUUGUUUUGACCCUUGUUCCUGGACGUCCCAAAGAUGUGGCCAACUUCUGCCUACUUUUGCUGGUAUUGGUUGUGCUCUUCUUCCACCAGCUGGUUGGUGAUCCUCUCAAGCGCUAUGCCCAUGCUCUGGUGUUUGGAAUUCUACUGACCUGCCGCUUGCUUAUUGCCCGAAAGCCUGAAGAUCGGUCUUCUAAGAAGAAGCCUUUGCCAGGAAAAGCUGAGGAACAACCCUCCUUGUACGAGAAGGCUCCUCAGGGCAAAGUGAAGGUGUCAUAGGAAAGUGGAAGUAUAAAAUGUGGACCUUCCAGGCAGUUGCCUCUAUGAUACCUGGGAAGAUGUCAGUUUGUGCUUUUAAUUUGAUUUAUCUUAGGGAAAAACGGAAAACAUAAUCUGCAAUCUAAUUGGCUUGUGUACAUCUAUACUCCCAAAUAAUCUCCCCACAUUGACAUUUGUGAACCACCUUUAAUCACUCUGGGGCAACACUCAUAUGUCUUGCUGCAUGUACCUGUAUAUGGCUACUAUUGAAGUGUAUUUGUGAGAUGGACUCCAGCAAGCAUGUGACUGAAAUUAUGUGUGGGAAAAAUGAAUUAACCCACUGGGUGUGUGUAUGCACACAUAUGUGUAGAAGGCUCUCAUCUUGAACUAAUCCUGCACAGGUAUCCUUCCCUUCAUAAACUGAAUCCAACAAAAGGUACAAUAAAAUAAACCUUCUGUAAAGAGAAUCCUACUUCUGGUAUGAAACACAAUACCUACUCCCAUGUGGGAAAGGGGAUUCCUCUCUAGAUGAAGCUGAAAACUUGGACUUACCACUUCAGGAAAGGACCUAUUUGACUUGAAACUGUUGAGUUAUAUUUAAAAUCAACCUCUACUUCAACAGCUAAGUUUUCAACACUCUAGAGUUUAACUAAAAUAAGGAAUUCACCAGGCAUGGUGGCACAAGCCUUUAAUCCUAGUGCUCUGGGAGACUGAGGCAGAAUUCAAAGUUUCAGCCCAAACUGGGCAACCUGGUGACUUAGCUCAAAAUAAACACAUAAAAAAG